UUUCAAAACAGACCACGAAAUAGAUGAAGUCGGUUUGUUUAUGUUAGCUCGCUAGCAAACCAUAACUUGUGUUCCACUAAAAUAGCGAAAAAUUUAGCUAGCUACACUAAAAUAACAUGUCUCAAGUGACUAGAUUACAAAUAGCAAUGGACGCGGAAGAAAUUGUUGCCCAACUUAACAGAAAAGAAUUGCGCAAGCAGCAGUUGAUAGAGUACUUAGCAGCAAAAGGAAGACUGAAGCCACCAAACCCAAAACCUUAUCUUCGAGAUGCCGUUAAAGCAAAGCAGAUCACCAUGUCUACCGUGAAGGAUGAUCUGGACCCGGGAAAAGAGAACCGGGGUCCAAAUGCUCUCAAGAUGAAAAAGAGAGUGGUGAAGGUUCAACCUCUGAUGGCCAACGCCGUUUCCCAAACCACAGGCACCUUCUGCAGUACCACCAACAAACAGAGCUCCGCCAACGGUCUCCUCUCUGCAACAUCGAGUACCGCACGUCUCAACGUGCUCAAAGGCAUUACAAAGCCUUCUGCGGUUGCCCCAAGUCACUCAACCAGCCUGAAGACGGCUCCAGCCAGAUCACAAUCCACUGUCCCUACCAAAAGAUGCCCAGGCACCACCAACCAACCCAGACCCCAGCCUAAUCCAACAGUUAAAGUCGGCAACACACGCCCUAGCUCAGCCAUACCCCUGGCAAGCGCUGGUAGAACACAUUCAGCCAACACAACCAGACCAAAGUCAAAUAUUACUGGGAAACCCGCUAACACUCUCCACACAGUCGGCACGCGGCCCAACACAGCCGGCACGCGGCCCAACACAGCCGGCACGCGGCCCAACACAGCCGGCACGCGGCCCAACACAGCCGGCACGCGGCCCAACACAGCCGGCACGCGGCCCAACACAGCCGGCACGCGGCCCAACACAGCCGGGACGCGGCCCAACACAGCCGGCACGCGGCCCAACACCGGUAGUGCCAGAAUGAGUCCGAGCACAUUGGUUAAAACCAAGACAAGUCUUGUGUCUGUCCAGAUGCAGCCUAGAAGCACCACCGUCCCUGCUCCAGCAUCAGUCUCCUUCACCCCCCUGGUCUUGAACAGAGCAUGCCCAAGCACCAGCCCAGUCCCAGCUGUGACCCAAAAGCCACCAGUUACUACUCAGAGGAGAACAAAUCCCUUCACUGGCGUGAGUGAGACUAACCAGAGGACAACUGCCUUGGCUGCGGACAAUGGGCAAAGGAGGAGCCAAGCUGUGAGCAGGACUGAUUCCAAACCACUCCCAGAGAGAUCCAGUAAACCAGCAGGGCAGAAACAACCUGUCACUGGACCUAAACCCAUCAUCCAAGGCCCUGCUGGUCCUGGGCACAAGACUGCAGCUUCGAAGCCAGGUGAUAUUCAGAGGGCUGGAUCACAGCACAGGGCCGAGGCUAGAGGAGCAGGAGCCAGCACUCGGAUAUGGAAGGCUGCCUCUCGAGCCUCCACCGGGAUAACAGGAAGCCAAUGGCAGAACACGGCUCUGAGUAGGGCCAUGCAUGCAGCUGUGGCUGCGAUGGGACAGAAAAGCAGCGCCGAGGAAAACCGAGACAUGGAGAGCGGGUCGGCAGACACCGACACCAAGAAUGAACCCAAUGCUCUAUCGCCCUCAUCAACAUCUCCGGCGUGUUGGCCUAGGCCUCACAGCAGCACAGCAAGUGGUGUGUGGAUCCCCCAGACGGUGCCUCGCUCUGCCAAAAAGUCCAGCCAUGGCCAGGAGGAGGUGGGGUGGGAGGCUGGUGUUGGCCUUAAGACACCCAGAGACCAGGCCAGGGUCGUGCCCAAGACCGAGGGUCGCAGGAAGAUGACAGCUGCCCAGGAAGAGAGAAUGCAGAAGCUCCAGGAAUGGCGUGAGAACAGGGGCAUCUCCUACAAGCGUCCCCCCAUGCCGGUGAGGCCUCCUCGGGUGCGGCGCACCUUGGCCAUUCCUCAGGCUUACUGGGACGGUAUGGAGGAGGAAGUUGAGGCCAGGUCUCUGGUUGAAGCUGUGGACCGGUGCCUGGCUGACUGCAUCAAACUGCUGAAUGAGUCUAGUAACAUGACCUGUGGUUGUCCUGGAAAGGAGGUGUGCGUCACGAUAUCUCCUUUCGCCGGAGGUGUGCGGUUAUUUCCAAAUUUGUGAAGCCAUUAAUUUCCUUUCAAGUCAGUGAAAGGGAACACUUGCAUACUUUGGGAGGAAGCCAAGAUAAUUUGGACGUAACCUCACUACUUUCUGUUGUUUGAUCUUUUCCAACACACACCGUAAACCUCGAGACCAAACAGAAGAGUUGGUUGACCCCUCAUCUUUCCAGCCUGGUCUGCCUGACGGCCCCCCUUUACUGAAUAGCACAUUAGGCCAUCAUUAGCUGUAGGCUACUGAUAAUAGCUCACCUAAUAUUUGUGUAAUUUGUUAACAGCCUUAAAGAUUUGGGUAAACAGACUUAAAUGUGUCUGACUUUUUCUGUGUCUGACUCUGCUUUGUCUAUACUGAUGUUUAGCCUGUUUUAUCACAGUGGGAAUAAUUCCACUGUUUGUAUUCGGCCAUAUUCCCAGUCACCUUGCCAUGGUUAAAUGCGGUGGCUCGCGCGACUGCUCCCAUCUAUCCACGGUAUGAUGCAAUCCCUGAUGUCUCUCUGGAAGGAAAUCCUCACCCUGAGCUCGUCAACUUUAUUAUCCAGACACUGAACAUUUCGUAAUAUACUCUGAAGUUGUGGGUGGUAUGCACGCCCCCUGAGUGGGACUAGAAGUUUACUUAGAGUACGUCUUCUCCACUGGUAAUGUUUUGAAUCAGCCUUUGGAAUCAGUUCAAUUGCCUGGGGGGGUUUUGAACAAAGGAUAAGAUUUGGGAAGUUGUACUCCUCAAAUUUGAUUAGUCACAUACACAUGGUUAGCAGAUGUUGAUGCGAGGGUAGCGCAAUGCUUGUGCUUCUAGUUCCGACAAUGCAGUAAUAACCAACAAGUAAUCUAACUAACAAUUCUAAAACUGUCUUAUACACACAAGUGUAAGGGGAUAAAGAAUAUGGACAUAAGAUAUAUGGUGAGUUACCGCCGCUCUGAUAUCCAAACGUUCUUCCCGGGCUGUAUGUAAUAACACAACAUUUGCGGUAUUUACUUUGUAUUAUUUCCUACAUUAUUAGGCAAGUAGAGUGGCCAAGGGGCUAGAAGCACGGCUGCCCUCUAUCGACGCCAUCUAUGUUUCUGACUGCUCCUGUGUCUGACUGACUGCUCCUGUGUCUGACUGACUGCUCCGGUGUCUGACUUUCUGUGUUUCUGACUGUUUCCCCCACCCC